UGGGAAGAAGAAGUACAGUCGGGAUUGGGACUUUGGAGAAGGAGGUAGCAAUCUGAAGAGGUAAUAGAAAAGAAAACAACAAGAUCUUCAUUUGGACCAUCCAGUCUUUUUCACUGCAACGUAAGAACCAUCAGAUCUUCCACUGGACACAAUGGCCGACAAUGAAUUUUUCGACGACCCUGAGAAGCUGAAGCGUGGUCUGGUGAAGGUGCUAGAAUGUGUGGCCACCAUCUCGUCAGCAGCAGCGGUGGUCAAUCCCAUCUUCGGCGUGGCUGGAUCUCUCAUCCGUGUGGUUCUGCACCAUGUGGAUGAUGAAGACCUCCAGAAACUCAAGCGAGAGUUCGGCAGCGUCAAUCGAGCUCUGGAUGAAAUUUCACAACAGAACCGUCAAGCCCUCCUUCAAAUACGGAAGGAAACGGUGGACAGACAGUACCACGAAGUGGAGGAAAACAUCCGCCAUCAGUUCCGCAAGUUCAUGGAGAUCAUGGAGGCAAAGCCGGAGCAUCUCCAGCGCAAGAAGGAUGAUUUCGUGGAGAGUUUCAUCAAUGAUAAAGAUGACCAGAACAUGAACACACUUUACGACGGCGUGAUGGGGAAGCGCAAGCUCUUCAGCCAGCCUAUAUUAGAGGUGUACAUGAAGCAUUCGCAGGGAGAUCAGCGCGUCAUGGAAAACCUCUGCACUCGACUCGCGUAUCUCUUCUGCAUCGGUUUCAUCGCUCUAAUGGGCUACUACGGCAUCCUGGGAGAUGAUCUGGAGUCUCGAAAUGAGGAGUGGGAGGAGAACAUGAGGAACGUGCAGGAGAAAAUGCAGGAGGUGCUCAGGAGUUGCAAGUGAUGCACAAACCACGCUCUUUAUUGCCUUUUUCCUCUAAUAGACUUCAUUGAUCUGCAGCGCCUAAUGCAGCAUUAUCCUCCUGAUGACCGCAGAUCAUGCUGAUGCUCUCUCUCACACACUGUGAUGCCAUCUUAAGGUUAUCACCAUGGUGUUGUUUUGUUGUAUCACACAAUCACAUUUCUUUCUGCCUUUUUAACAGUACAUUACACACAUAUUUCAGACUAACCUGCUUAUCGUGGUCAUAUAAAACAUUAGUAGAGUUCACAAGCGUUCAUAAAUAGUGGCCCAUCAUUUUUUUAAAGAGCUUCACUGCAUGAUGAGCAACUCGAAUCCUGAAUAAAGUAUAUCACAUAUUUUCUAUUAAGGGAUAGUUUAACUGAAAAUGAAAAUGUCCUCAUUUACUCACCCGUUUUGAGAAGAUAUUAUAAAGAAGAUAUUUUGAAGAAUGUUAGAAUCUGGUGAACGUUGACUUAUUUUUGGAUGAAAACAAAUGUUACACUGUAGAAAGCCAUUCAAUCUAGGCUCAUUCUGAAAACGUAGCCCUGUAUACAUUUCGGGAGAGUGCCAAAUAUGUGCCAGGAGCAAUGUUUUUUGCAGUUUUUUUGAUUUCGCGAAUCCACCAGAGGCCGCUGUGUAUGCUUUUUGAGAUCUCAAAUUUCUCACGCGAGUGCCAUUCGCGCAUGCUGUUCUCAUGUAAAUCCAUUAGAGGUCAACUUGUUGCUUUUAAGGCAAUUAGUGUACUCGCUUUAAGUAACUAAUCACUUUAUACAGUGUACACCGUAAAAAAUGCAGGGUUCCACACAAUCAAUUUGUGUUGAGAUAACAUGAAGGAAUUAAGUUCACUUAUUAGUUUGGAUUGAACAAAAAACAAUUAAGUUGUCCGAAAAAACUCUCAAAAAUGGUGUUGUUGCAGUUCAUUUUAACUAACCCAGCAACUUUUUUGUUUUUAAAAGAUGUCUAAUAGAUGUAUAAUAGACGUCUGAACAUAGUCGUCUGAGCUAAAACAAAGCUAAAUUUGGGCUGUCAGUGAACAUCUAAUAGACAUCUAAGAAUAGCCCAAAACUAGACUAGUCAUCAAAUAAACAGAAAUGAAUGACGACACAUAUAAAGUCUGUCUAAUCGGUCUAUUUGAGGACUAGUUUAGUUUUGAGCUAUUCUUAGAUGUCUAUUAGAUUUUCACUGACAGCCCAAGUUCAGCCUUGUUUUAGCCACGCUGUCUAUGUUUAGAUGUCUAUUAGACGUCUAUUAAACACAAAAUUGUUUGCUGGGAAGUAGUUUGAAUAAACAGCAAAUAUAAUUUUUUUGAGUGAAUGGAAUUCAAUGGUAUAUUAACAAUAUCUUCUUUUGUGUUCAACAGCAAAAAAAUAGGAACUCAAACAGGUUUGUGACCAGGGAAGGGAGAGUAAAUGAUGACAGAAUUUUUAGGUUUUGGGUGAACUGUCUCUUUAUGUUAAAAAUUGUAAGUGAAAAAUGUUGGCUCUUUAAAUAUUACCUUUCACACUGCUGUUUGUGAAUGUAAAAGCUCUCCAAAGUUUUAAAGAUCAAAGUGCGCAUCAAAUAAAGUUAAUAUAGUUGUAUUCAGCAAAAAAAAAAGUACAUUUUGAAAUGCAGAGUCAUCAGGAAUUUCCAGUUUCACUGAUCGGCAUAAUUUGAUUAAUGGAACUUUAUGGCUUUAAUUGACUGCCUGCAAAUAACAUCUACCCUCAAACACUUUAUUUGGUUUGUGUUCUCAACAUCAUGUUGAAAUGAAGCAUUUAUAUUUUGACACAAACAUAUAUUCUAGCAUGACAUGCUUAAACUUUCCAUCUAUGGCACUGCUUGGUCUUUAUGUGCUCAGAAAAAAAUGUACAUGAUUGGGUGCGAUCAUUCUCAGUGCUGAUCCAAAUGUAAAAUUAACACUUAUGUUAAACUUGUAAGAUAUUUCUCUUACAUUUGUUUGUGAUAAUUUAGUCACAAGAUCCACUAGUUAACGCUGCAACUAUAAAAUCUUACUACUAAGAAAUGCUUGUGACGGAAAGUCGGCUUGAUCAACUACAGUAGUUCUUCCAAUAAUUCAUUACGGGAUUUGAGCUUGAAUGAUUGAGAAAACUUCCAGCACUAAAAUUCAGAUGUGCAAUUGCAUUCCUGUCAACAUUGGGAUUUAAAAAUACAGGAUACGUAUCAAGUCAUAAAAUCUCGUUCACUUUUUAUUCACUGUAUUUAAAUAUUGAUUAAAGUAUAGUUAUUUAGUUAAGAGCAGCGAAUCUCUCAUUUUGAUCCACUAUUUUGUUGCAUAACAGAGGUGUCCCUUUAAGAAUCCUCAGAUCUAUAAUGAAAUGAUUACGAUUACUUUCAUAACUGUUUAUGCUCAUUUAAGACUCAUGUUUAAAAUAAAACAGCUUUAAUGGAAAUUAAUUGAAUGCGGCCGUUUUAAUAUUAAUUCUGAAGUGCUUUCAAGCCAAAAUAAAGCCAAUAGUAUCUGGAUGCAGCCUUGAUGAUGCAAGCUGUGACUGCAUAUCUCAGUGACACAAUACAUUCAAAGCUUAUGACGUCACUGAGUAUGUUCACAUGGACACCAAUAAUGCAAUUUUAAUUCGAUUACGACAUUACUCUAAUUAAGAGUCUACAAUGUAAACAGUGAUUUUUGAUUAAUUUAGUCCAUAAUCUAACUAAACAGAAAUCAAAUUAAGACAUGUGGAGUAUGCCUAUUUUAGUCACAUUAUUGAAGUGCAAUACGUACAUGUAAACACCUUAUUCAAACUAUUACCAUCAUGAAGGAUUUUUCCGCAUUUUGCGACAGGAUAGUCUAUAUACAUACGGCUGUUUGACACUAUUCUCUGCACCUACCGAGUCAGUAAAGGACCACAGACGCCUGCAUUACGAAAUGCGAAGGUUUUUUUCCUCAUAUGACAUGCAGUAUCAACUUCCAUUAAAACAACACUCUCCCAACAGUUCAUACUCGCAUCCAAUAUCUCGUUUGUAUGCAUGCAUUAAAUGUUCCUGAAUGAAUGUGAAAGUGCCAAACUGCAGUUAAAGUGGACAAGUUAAGAAUGAAACACUCAAAAAUACAUGAAACUCUGGAGGAAAUGUGGAGAGCGUGGUGACACAAUGAUGUUAAUCAAAUUACGUGCUUUAACAUGUAAAAUGGGAACAUGACAGGAACAUUAAAAAAGCAACUCAUGUAAACACCUUAAUCAUAUUAUUGUCUUAUUCAGAUUAAGGCUAAUCAUUCGAUUACUGAUGUCCAUGUACUGUAAAUGUAGUCACUGUAAGGGGUAGGGGGUUAGGGGUGUUCAUUAAAAAGCAUUAGAUGCAGCUCAGAUUGCACUGCACCAGGUCUGCAUCCAGACCCCUCUCAAAUAAAGCGAAAGCAUAAUUCUCUUGAACAGCUCUAGCAAUUAUAUCACUUUUGAGAUCGACACUUUGAUGCUAAUUUCACAGAACGAUAAAAAAUACGGGAGAAAUAUGGGAAAAUACUUAUACGGGAUAAUAGCGAGAUAGUAUGGUAAAAUUCGGGAGAAUCCUGGCAAAAACGGGAGGGUUGACAGGUAUGCAAUGCAUUUCUGACAUGAUUGUAAGUAUGCAACCAAUCACAACAGACUUGGCUAUCUGACCAAUCAGAGCUCAGUAGGCUUUCUAGAAUCUAUCUAUCUAUCUAUCUAUCUAUCUAUCUAUCUAUCUAUCUAUCUAUCUAUCUAUCUAUCUAUCUAUCUAUCUAUCUAUCUAUCUAUCUAUCUGUCUAUCUAUCUGUCUAUCUAUCUGUCUAUCUAUCCGUCUGUCUAUCUAUCUAUCUAUCUAUCUAUCUAUCUAUCUAUCUAUCUAUCCGUCUAUCCGUCUAUCUAUCUAUCUAUCUAUCUGUCUAUCUAUCUAUCUAUCUAUCUAUCUAUCUAUCUAUCUAUCUAUCUAUCUAUCUAUCUAUCUAUCUAUCUAUCUAUCUAUCUAUCUAUCUAUCCGUCUAUCCGUCUAUCUAUCUAUAUCUAUCUAUCUAUCUAUCUAUCUAUCUAUCUGUCUAUCUAUCUAUCUAUCUAUCUAUCUAUAAAUAAAGAGCAUAGACUUGUGCAUACUGAGAUUGAAAAUUUUCUUUUUUUUUGGCACGUUGGUAAUAGAUUUAAUUAUGCAUUUAUUUGUAUCCGGUGUCUUAAUUUUUCUGUGCCAUUAGAACACAUUAUCAGAGCAAAUAUUUUAUUACGAGAGAAGUGACAGAAACUGAAGGGUUUUUAUUUUUGCAUUCUUUUAAUUUUGGAUGAAUGGAAAUAUCACACUUGAUGUGCUUGCUAUAUAGCAGUGCGAUGUAUAGUGCUGCAUGUUUAGUCUGACACCUCUGAUAAUCACGUUUGUGUCCCUUAUUUAUCCAUACAGCGCUGAAUUAUAAAGAAAUCUGUGUACUUUUUGAAUGUCUCAAGGAUUGGAACGUGUUACCUUCCUAAAUACUAAUAAAAUAUAUAUUUCCUCCUGUAAUUCAGCCUAUGGAACGCUGUUGCACUUAUAACUCUGUACAAUAUUGUUACAUUUUUCAAUAAAUACACAAGGAAUUAAAA